UUUAGGAUAAAUAGCUAUGAGACUGGGAGACCACUAAGUGACGGGGAAGAGAGGACAGACAGACAGGCGUCACUGCUCCCCAAACAUGUCGUAGAUGAGAGAAGAAAAACCAUACCAAUAAAUAUGAGCCAAAUUAUUUUACGAUAAACACACGCACACACGUAAAUGUGACUGUAAUAAUACUCUAGUAGAACACAACAAAACAGGCCGACUUUUAUUUUAUUUUACCAAGCUCUCUCUCUCUCUCCCUCUCUCUCUAUUUCUCUCUGUAUCGUAACAUCGCCUUCGUUUUCCGCCCGUGAUUCCCUUCUGUUCUUCGGCUGCUUAGGUUGCAAAGGCCUUUGCGCUUCCAGAUUAACCCCGGGAGGGAAAACAUUUCAUACACUGUGUGAGCUCUAAUGAUUUUUGUUGUUUUUCAGUUUCAGAAAUGUUCACUCACUUUCAAACUAGUAUUUCGCGCGCACGAUCGUUCACACCCCGACCCAACCCUCGUCGCACUGAUUCCCUUGCAUUCCCUGCAACACUCUGUCUGACUGACUGCGCUAGUGUGUGAGUGCGCGGCACUCGGCUGUGACCCUUUGUCCUUUGUCGAGAGGAGGCCGAUGAUGAUAUGUUCGUUUGGGGCUAAUAUAAAGCAGCGUUGUAGAGUGUGACUUGUACUGCGCCUAGUGGUGUGUGAGUGUGCUGUGUGCUUGUGAAUCUCACUCCCGGCUAGCGAAGUGCGUCUUCUAGCAAAAGCCGAUAACAAGCAGCUUUUAAAUGCCACACAUAGCUGGAAGCACACGUUCCAAAAUGCUUAGUGGUAUGGUGGUACCGGCAUCUGCUACUACUAUCACUACUACUACUACACUUGCGACCUCAGCGUCGUCCUCGUUGGCGGCGGCGGUUGGUGGAACAACAACGGGGUCGGGCGGCCGCCGGGGAACAGCAUCCUCCCUGUCGGACAGCAACAGGCGAAGUCUGCUGCAGCUGAACGACCUGCUGUACGAUGUAAAGUUUUCCGAUCUGUCCAAGUUUCUGAAUGCCGUCGGGCGCUACCAGUGCCCGCGGCGUGAUUGUGAUAAAAACUACAAGGAUGCCAGCUCGCUGCAGCGACACAUCAGGUACGAGUGUGGCGGCAUGAAGAAGUUUCGUUGCGUCAUGUGCGGGAAAGCGUUCUCGCAGGGAUCGCACCUGAAGCGGCACCUGGAGUCGGGCGUCUGCAUUAAGUACUACUUCUAGCAGCGUCAGCAGUACCCUCCUCUGGGUGACGAUCGCAGUGUGGUUUUCACGAGUGCCAACCGGCGACAAGAAGGCGUACCGUCGUCGAGAGAAAAUGAACCGAAACAUUAAAAGAGUCUGUGGUUUCAGUUUUACAGAAAAGAGGAAGAACUGGUCAGGAUUAUGGGAGGCAUUGUUGAGACAAGCGAGAAGAGGAGGAAAAAGAAAACAACACAUUAUUAACAUGAUUACCCUUUGCUCUAGUCGUUUUAGGUUCUAGUUGCUGCCGAAGCAUACUUAAGAUCGUUUACCCCGUUUACAUACACAUAUCCCCCCCCUGUUGUUAUUUAUUGUUUAGGUCAAUUGUGUACUCUACUGAUGGGAAGGGCAGGGUAGAGAAGAAGCUCGUGGACAGCUCAAAUUGGCAUGGCCAAUUUUACGCACAUAGAAAGACGCGCUGAGCCUUUCUUCGGUCAGGCAUAGAGCGAGGGAAGCGUACCGGAAAACCGGAUUAUACCCAGUAGAGAAAGUGUGAUAUCUAUAUAUACAUAUAUAUCAUUUAAAAACCGAAACCUCAUUAAGCCGCGUUGUGCGUGUGUCCGGUAGUGGCGUCGUCGUCGCCGUCGUCGUCGUUGUUGUUGUUACGUUUGAAGAGAUGUAGAAUCAAAAGAUAAUCACCACCAUCCCAGCUGUGUGCAGCAGCUUGUCGAUGGGUGGACAGUAAUUGUUAAGUAAUUCACUUGCGUGGGGAUUCAUCAAAUGAAUAGAAACUCUGUAGCGCGCGGGCUGAGGAAAGGAACGAAAUAGUGUAAUGUCGAAACAAACAAACAAAAAAUCUAGUGCCAUGGCGGUUGAAAAUUCAAAUACAGGAAAUACCAGCAGCUCUGUUGCUGGAACAAAACGCGCGCGUAUCGAGCGUACAAAAACAAGCCAA